AGCCAGAGCCUUGGGGCAACGAUUCAGCCUACUAUCCUGGAGCUCCACGCAAACGGAGAAGCAAGCCAAGAUUAUUGUGUACUCAGCACAUAUCGUGAGUGCUGUGUCUUCCGGCUUCCAACUUAGCCCAGUUCUCGAUGGCUGGACAUAGUGCCGAUUUGCCACAAGGCACUAACCUGCUUGCCUAUCUCCAAGCUCUUACGCUGCAAUGGCCGGCACCCCUGCUUGCACCGCGGGCAAUGACAGCGAACUACACAACGCCAUGUAGCUCGCUGGAAAUCGAUAGGCGAAAAUACGAAUACUUGAAGGCCAUUGCUCACGUUCUCCGCCUCGACUGAUUUCAAUCUCUGCUCAAGCGUAUGACUACAUCAUAAUGCCUCACAGACUCUCCGACCCCGUAGCAAUUGACACGUCGAAGCAGUAUGGCGACUUCCGUGACCAGCUGUUCAAAGACGGCUACGCCGUAGUCAGGAAUGCUGUCCCCGAAGAGAAAUGCAAAGAAUAUAUCGAGCGCAUGACUCAAUGGCUCGAAAAAUUCCCUCUCGGCUUCGACCGCAAUGAUCCCAAAACAUGGAACCCCCAACACCUCCCAGCUCAUAUGAAAGGAGGAAUGUAUCACGGCUACGCAGUUGGGCACGAGAAGUUCGUCUGGGACGCACGUAUUGAGCCCGGUGUUUUAGCUGCCUUUGAGACGAUCUGGGGUACUAACGAGCUGCUCGCCUCCUUCGAUGGUAUCAACUACACACUGCCUUUGCCAGAAGGCGAUCGUAAGCCGUCCACACCUUGGCCACAUGUCGACCAAUCUCCACACCUGCUCGGACUGCAAUGCAUUCAAGGGAUCAUCAACUUUGCUCCCAACGGUCCCAAUGAUGGUGGACUUGUCGUCUUGAAAGGCUCUCAGGCACUGUGUGAACAGUACUUCAAAUGCCACAGCAAAGACAAAAAGGAGAAAUGGGGCCUGGUCCCAGAUGACUGGCAUGGCUUUGACCCAGAAGAGGUCCAAUGGUUCAAAGACCGAGGUGCUGAAGAAGUUAAAGUCUGCGCCGCUCCAGGAGAUCUUAUCGUCUGGGACAGCAGGACUGUGCACUGGAAUGUGCUCCCUCAGAGUGACCAAACCAGAUCGGUCGUGUACGCAUGCUACACUCCAGCGGCCUUUGCUACUCCAGAGGAGCUCAAGCAAAAGGCCGAGAUCUUUCACAACCGGACAAGAACCACUCACUGGCCACAUCGUAACUUCUGGCACCAAGACAGGAUCUUGCGGUUUGGUAAAGAGGAUCCAUAUCAUCGCGACAGGCCAUUCGAAGAACCUGAGGAGACCGAACAGCUGUUGAAAUUAGCUGGAGCCAUGCCCUACUAGCAGAGGAAGCUGGCAUGAUGCUUGCGACUCAUCUUUAUCUGGAAAAAGUCGGCCUAAAGACGAUUAUUCCAGCGAAGCGGGAGGCCAAAAAACAGGCACCUGGAGCAACCGAGGAGCUUGCGACGAGUGUUGUAGAAGGUGUCUGUUUUGGCCUUACGCGAGCGCGAAAUAACAAUCAGACUCGUACUUAGAAGGAGCAUAUAGCACCUGCUUACAGGUGCGUGUCGCGACGGUUUAAUUGGCAAAAAGGCUCCCUAUACAAAUCUCAGCGCGCGAUCUGAUUAGUAGAAAUCAAAAAGAAAGGUUACGUACCGCUCU